AGUUUCUUGUUUUCUUCUUUCUUUAUCUAUCUAUAUAUAAUUCUCUUUUGAACCCCUUUAACACUUGGUCUUUAUUUGCUCUGUAAGCCAAAAAUUACAAAGGAAAAUAGACCUCCCCCUUCACAGUUUCACUACUAUGAGACUGCCACCGUCUCCUUUAUUUCUGCUCCUCACCGUGAUUUCCCUUCUCUCCGGCGUCUCUGGGUGGCGCCCGUGGCCCCACCUAAAACCCAACUCAUCUGAUCUUCUGUACGAUGGGUCCAAGAAAUACGAGGGCUCAUCUGAGUUCGUCCACUUACGUUACCACAUGGGUCCUGUCCUAACAGCCAACAUCACUGUACACACUAUCUGGUACGGGAGGUGGCAAAAAUCCCAAAAGAAAAUCAUCCGAGAGUUCAUUACUUCAAUUUCCGCCGUCAACUCUCGCCACCCUUCUGUUUCCGGUUGGUGGAAGACCGUACAACUUUACACCGAUCAAACCGGAGCGAAUAUCUCGCGUACGGUUCUGUUAGGUGAAGAGAAAAACGACCGUUUUUACUCUCACGGGAAAUCGUUAACUAGGUUAUCUAUACAGUCCGUGAUUAAAAGUGCUGUCACAGCUAGAUCAAAGCCGUUGCCAAUUAAUCCUAAAAGCGGGUUAUAUCUUUUAUUAACGUCUGAUGACGUGUACGUUCAAGAUUUUUGCGGACAGGUAUGUGGGUUCCACUAUUUUACAUUCCCGUCCAUUGUUGGCUAUACGCUGCCGUAUGCUUGGGUAGGAAAUAGUGCUAAGUUUUGUCCAGGUGUGUGUGCAUAUCCGUUUGCCGUACCUAAAUUUAUACCGGGAUUGAAGGCUAAAAAGUCACCGAACGGCGACGUAGGGGUGGAUGGGAUGAUAAGUGUGAUUGGUCAUGAAAUAGCUGAGUUAGCGAGUAACCCGUUAGUUAAUGCUUGGUAUGCGGGUCAGGACCCGAGUGCACCAGUGGAGAUUGCUGAUUUGUGUGAAGGAAUAUAUGGGACUGGUGGUGGUGGGUCCUACACUGGGCAGUUAUUGGAGGGACAUGAUGGUGCCACGUAUAAUAUGAAUGGAAUCAGACGGAGGUACUUGGUUCAGUGGAUUUGGAAUCAUGUGGUCAGUUACUGUACUGGCCCUAAUGCACUUGAUCAGUAGUAGUAAUAUUUUUGUAUUUUGGGGUUUUUUUUUUUUUUUUUUUUGUUUUUAUAAAUUUUUCUUCUUUGAUUUGGGAUGUGGGUUUAUGUCAAAUUGCUUUAUUUGGCUUAAGGGUGGGGUAGUUAAGGAUGCUUUUUCCUAAAAAAAAAAAAAAACUUGUGUAAUAAUUAAUAUUUUGCUGUAUACUCUUCCUGUAUACAAAAUCUAGUACUAUUUUCCCGCCUUA